GGAAGAGAGAGAGAGAGAGAGAGAGAGAAGUCGGGUGAUCGUAAAAGAGAUCGGGACCAAAAGUAAAACUAGAGGAGCGUCGCGUAAGUGCGCGCGAGUGCGAGAAAAUGCCAGAAAAGGAAGUGGCCUACCACCAAGAGGCUUUUUCGUUGCUGCCACCCCCGCCACCGCCACACCUUAAUCACCCGCACUCGGCCUUCCACGCGGCCUUCCACACGCACCAUCCGCAUCAUCCGCACCAUCCAACGGCACCCUCACCCUUCCAUCCCCAUCAUUCGGGGCCUCACGGGGCUGGAGCCGCGGCAGCAGCCGCAGCAGCAGCAGCCGCCGCAUGGGAACACCACGCGGCCGCGGCCGCUGCCCUCGCCUUUCACGCGCCACCCCCACACCCAUUGUCAGGGAGCACGAGUCUCAGCAGUCCAUCGGGUGGUAACGGCGGUAGCGGCGGCAACGGCGCCACCGACGGCGAAGGUGGCGGCGGUGGCGGCGGCGGCGGCGGCGGCGGCGGCGGCGGAGGGAGCGACGGGGCUGUCGGGAACCCGAGCGCCAGCGGCGAUUUCCUCCGCAGGAGUCACCCCCUCUCGGAGCACGCGGCGCUCCAUCCCGCCUAUCGGCUCAACUACAUGGACCACCUUUACCACCAGCUCCAGGCCUCCACGCACAGCCCCAGCGCCUCCUUGCACGGACUGGGUGGUUUGGGGCCAGAAUAUCUUUUACAUGCAGCUGGUCCUGGAAGUACAAUAGCUUCAUCAGAAUUUCCAUUUUCAAUUGAUGGCUCUAGAUUGGGCAGUCCUCGAGCUUCAGCAAUAAGGGCUAGUCGUAAAAGGGCACUGAGCAGCUCUCCAUAUUCAGACCGUUUCGACAUCGACAGCAUGAUUCGUUUCAGUCCCAACAGUUUGGCCUCCAUUGUCAAUGGUUCCCGAAGUAGCAGCGCAAGUGGUAGUUACGGUCACCUUUCCGCAGCAAUGAGCCCGGCUCUGGGCAUGCACCCGGGUAUGGCACCGCAUCUACAGCAGCUCCAAGCUCACCUGUUACGGAGCGCGGCGGCAGCGGCCCUCCUGCCCCACGGUCAUCCCUUGCAGCCGCCUCCGCCGCCGCCGCCACCGCCGCAGAGCCAGCCGCAGCCACCUACCCAGCAUCCUCAUGGACACGCUCACAACCAUGCCCACGGCCACCCCCAUUCCCAUACGCACGCGCACACGCACGCGCAUGGUUUAGCGGCCCACACGCAGCUCUACCCCGUCUCGCCGCACACAGCCCACGUGGCCCACGGGGCCGUUCCACCAAAAGCCGAGCAAGCGAUCGAGUCGUGCAGAAAGGCGUCGGACGUUUCGAACAGAUCGAUCACGGCUGAAGCGGACACCUCGUCAAGGCGAGGUUCGACCAAAGUAAAAAGAGAACCGGCUACCACGACUACGGCCACGAGUACGAUACCACCGAGUCAUCCCCAGGGCCUCAGUCCGAGCGAGGAUCUUCGGGACGAGCCUGGCGAUUUUAUCGAGACGAAUUGCCACUGGAAGGACUGCGGCCUUGAGUUUCCCACUCAGGACGAUCUUGUAAAGCACAUCAAUAACGACCAUAUUCAUGCAAACAAAAAGAGUUUUGUUUGUGGAUGGGAGCAGUGCUCGAGGGAAGAAAAACCGUUUAAAGCGCAGUACAUGCUUGUUGUUCAUAUGAGAAGACACACGGGCGAAAAACCUCAUAAAUGCACGUUCGAGGGCUGCUUUAAAGCCUAUUCGAGAUUGGAAAAUUUGAAAACUCACUUAAGGUCACAUACCGGAGAAAAGCCAUAUACUUGCGAGUAUCCAGGCUGCAGUAAAGCCUUCAGCAAUGCAAGUGAUCGAGCAAAACAUCAAAACCGAACGCAUUCGAACGAGAAACCAUACGUAUGCAAAGCGCCAGGUUGCACUAAAAGGUACACCGAUCCGUCAUCCCUUCGCAAGCACGUUAAAACUGUUCACGGAGCUGAAUUUUACGCAAAUAAAAAACACAAAGGCGGAAGUGGCGGUGGUACUGGAGGAGGUGGAAACGGUGCUGAUGGUGGUGGUAGUGACGAAGCUGGUGCGGGAGGUCACAGCAGUCCAAGUCGUAGCGAAGAUUUGCACCCGAAGACGCCUAGUCUUUCUAGCCCGAGUGUUAAGUCGGAAAGCGAAGCGAAUAGUCCUCCUAGUAUGAUGAAUCAACAAGGCAGUCCACUUCACGCGGCUAGUUGUAACGAAGAUACGCCUAUGGGUAUGGGCAACGUCGCUGGAGAUGGUGUCGCAUUACCGGACGAACCCUGGAACGAGGAACCAGACGAUCUCGACAUAGCCGAUCUGCCAGUCGCGCUUCGUGCUAUGGUUGGUGGCUUAGAUUCGCAUCAACAUAUUCCCCUGACAUCCAGGAAUCGCUUGAAGAAUCGACUAGGCGUAAAACCAGGAUCCAAUUUAUCAUCAUUAGCCGGUGGUAAUAUGCGCAUUGGUCGGGGCCUUGGUGGUCCACAGGGUAAUAUCGGCGAUUUGAAUAGACGUAUCACCGAUCUCAAAAUGGAAGGCGGUAUAACACCCAAUCGUCAGACGAGUCUCUCAGAUUUGCAGCUUAGAUUGCAACCAUUGAGCGAGCCAAGACGCGACAGUAACAGUACUGUUAGCACUUAUUAUGGUAGCAUGAAGUCUACGGAUUUUGGCAGCAGUCGGCGAAGCAGUCAGGCGAGCGGUGUUAGCGCUAUAAGAACUGGCCCUGUUGGCCCCGGAAGCUUCUAUGAUCCAAUCAGUCCUGGUACAUCGAGGAGAAGUAGCCAAAUGAGCACUACCUCUGCAAGAAUGAACGUUACUGGACAGCUGCAAGGGCCUUACUCCACCAACAAUUUGGUGGUUCAAACGCAAAAUAUGUCACUACAAGGUGCGCAUACAAUUACGAACGAAUGGUCUCUUCCAAGUCAUUGUCCUCAAUCUGCGGCUAGUGAUCGACGAAUGUCUGAGCCUGCUCGAGGUCAUCAGAAUCAACGUAUAUCCCCGCCAAUGCCACCAAGACCACGUUCUGCUCAAUUACCCGAGCUCCAUCCCAAUCAAGAAGUGAUCCUCGACGAGGUUGGUGAAGGUGAAAUGGUUGAGAACAAACUUGUCAUCCCCGACGAAAUGAUGCAGUACCUAAAUCAAGUUCAGCAAGGUGGAAUGCAAGUCAAUUAUCGUGGUAGCCCGUUGCCAAAUUGUCGAUCGCCUAUUUGUACGAAUCCUCAACAUUGUGUUCAAAGACCCCAACAACAGUGCAAUUAUAGCGCCCAACAUCAAACACAAUGUUACAAUCCAUCCAAUCAAAGUAACAUAUCACAAUCACAGAAUUGCCAAGAUUACACUUCUGUUGGAUCUCCGUAUUCCCAAUGCCCCAAUUUACGUAUAAGUCAAACAUCCGGCUAUUGCCCGCCAUCAAACUUUGGACCACAGUCAUGUUCAUCGCAAAUCGCAAGUCCUGGACAAGUGAUGUCACCAAACGGUUCACACUAUGCUCCGAGUCACGUGAGCGACCAACCAUUGACAUCUCCAGCGGCUGGUGCACUUGCUCCGCCACAAGGAAUGCAAAACCUUCAUCAAAAUACCGCCCAAAUGAGUAGGAAUUGUUCUCAAAAUAACGAGCACAGUACUUACUAUACGAAUUACGGCUGUCAGGCUCAAAUUACUAAUAACUGUGCUGCCCAGCAAGUUCCUGGUCGUCCGUUAAUUCAAUCAUGCUCUCCCAUGCACAAUAGUCUCGGCCAAACGUGCAAUGCUGGGCACGUGGCAAGAAAUUCUAAUAAUAUCUGUCAACCUAUGUCACCGCACUGCCAACAGCAAGUAGCUCAAGUCGAUACCCAUCGCAAUAUGCCCGGUGGAAUAAUACACAAUCAAUGUAUCAUGCAAAUGAAUACUGAUCAAUGUAUGUUACCAAUGCAUGGAAAUGCUGGCAUCGAGCAUCGACAUGUCACCAACGCAUCUAAACCAAACUCAAUAACUCCGGUCAUGAGCCCUAUUAUGGCUGAUCAAUGCCCUAGAUCCGUUACAUCACUCUGCUCGCAACCCAGUCCAGCCAGUCAGAAGACUUCAUUAAAUCCUGGAGAUAUGCAAGUUCAGAGUCCGUGCUCUCAAAUUUCGGCCGGUAGCUGUGUUCAUCCAAAUACUCUAGUUAAUCAUCGACCAGUUAAUGUACAAAAUAUGUUACCGAAGGAGUCAGCAAGAACCUGUUCACAGAAUAAUUGUCACGCACAAUAUUGCUGUCACGUGCAGCAACAGCAGCAGCAGCAGCAACAGCAGCAACAGCAGCAACAACAACAACAACAACAAGGACAACAGAACACGCGAGACCAACAGCACCGAUUUAAUAACUGCGGUAACGAUUGUCAGUGGACCUACAAUACCGAACAGUGCUGUAUUGGCGGUCUGCCUCAUCACGGUCAUGCUGGCAACGGCAAUACACCAGAGAUCCAGUGCCGGGAUAUCAGUCAAUCUCAACAAGGCUCGCCUGUGAAGCCUCCGCAAGGUAUGCGCCAAGAUUCGUAUCGUCGAACACUGGAGUAUGUGCAGCAGUGCAGAAAUUGGUCGGGCAAUGGAAUAACUCAGGCACCAGAGACCAGCGUCUCGAGUUCGACUCAUCCGAUGUCAUUACCUCAGCCAUUGCCAGCCAGCGCCAAUAUGAUCGUUAAUGAUAUGACAUCCUCGUUAAGUUCACUUUUAGAAGAAAAUAGGUAUUUGCAGAUGAUUCAGUGAUCUCACGCCUCGAUUUUUCGUUUAUACGAAAGUUUUGACCGCAUUAUCGCGCGGAUCCAGGAUCCACAGUCCUAUAAAACUCGGCAUUACGUAUCCCAGGAAAGCUUAAGAUUCUCUAUUGUAUAGGUUCUAUAUAUGUAUAGGUAAAAAAACAAUUAUGUCACAUUCAUUUUUCGAUAUUUUGUUUAUAAAUAGGAGCCGUGCGAAAGUAAGCGAGAAGAUUGCCUGUAGAUUUACUUUAUUAAAGAUUCUUUCGGACUCAACCAGUGACGGCGAUUUUAUAUAAACUCGCGAAUAAAGUGAUAAGUUACUCAAAGUAACUUGAGUUAUUAUUUUAAUGUUUUAUAAACUAUCCGACUCAAGUUACGGAAUUAUAUUUUC